AUGUCCUUCUACAACAGAGCCGAGUCCCCACCACCCAGGCAACCCUCGCCUGAGCCUGUCUACAGCCCGCUUCCCUCGCCGCACAUGCGAGCCAGAGACCGUCUCCGUCACAGAAACAGUUCUCCGCUUGUCCCACCAGGCCUCGCUCCUCCCCGCACCCUUGUCCAAUCAAAAUCCUGCGACCACCUCCGUGCAGACGCUGAGACCUCUCGUCGAGCUUCCCUACGCGUGACUGAACCCAAGUCCCUCCGACGUCGUGUGCGCUCCAACCUCGAGCCAGCCAAAUUUGCCCCAUUUGAUUCUGCACCGACAAGCAGCCAAUCGUCGUACGCGAGUACCCCGGUGAACUCUCCAAGUCGCCCCCAGCGACGGACAAUUUCCCUGGCUGUUCCCCCGUCACCAUCCGCAAGCCCAAGUAUCCCGCCAGUGCCUCCCCUCCCCGACUCUGCGCGUUCGUCUCCAUUGUUCAAGGCAUCUGCAAAGGAUUCGGCAGCUCAUGUCACUCCCAUUUAUUUGCCAGAUCUCCAAGAACUCUCUCCGGCUUCCCAACGCACUGCAGAAAAAAAGCCGUCGAAACGCCCAAGCCUCAUCUCCCUCACUGGCCUCUCCAGUUCCAAAUCAUCAAGUUCACCUUCCCCCACGGAGAAGUCGAGCAGGAAUAUCGGCAUGACUUGCCUCAAAUUUUUCUCACUUCACAAGUCAAGCUCGCGUAGCUUCCUGCGACCUGGGGCCACAUCGUCCCAGUGAUUUGGUCCUUCACCGGUCGGCUUACAGGCGAGCGAACGCCCGUCCCAAAAACUUGGCCAGACUCCACCCUUGACAUGGUGCAUCAUUUCAACACUCGCCAUUCGAUCCCGCUUUUAUCCUAUUGUACCAGCCUAAUAACCCGCUCCUUACACCCUUCGCAUUCCCGCAUUGUUUUAGUAUACAGCCACCACCGCAAUUCUUCUACCUUACGCUCCCUGCUUUUAUGUGCAGCACCCGCGUCUUUGACUUGAUGUAAUACCUCCCUCCUCCCUUCGUUCCGCAUUACCCGACGACCCUUCAUUGACGAACGGACUCUUCCAUUCAUACUCUUGCCGCAUUACAAUCAUCCAUUUGUACACCCACCACCUGCAAUCUCUCUUGUAAAUAAAAUAGUGUACAUAGUACCCGACACCUCUAC